AUGCGUCUCCAACCUUGCGAACAUCUACGCCUCAGACUUGAAUCCUUCCGCGCUUCAAUAGCUGUUGUCAAUGAUGACUGCAUCGAUGAGAACCGAUUCAUCGCCCACACCGCGGCGCAGCACGAUUCCGAGGACAUCGUGCAAGACGACAGGCAAUAUUUAAAGGUAUCCGUUUCCCAUCAUUCUGGCUGCCACUCCAACACUUACUGCCAUCAAUCGAUUAGCAUUGGAUCUUUCACCAUUCAACAGGACAUUAUUCCAACUCAGGCCAACAAUUUGACCAUGAUUGCCUCCACUACGGUUGCUGCUCUCUCAGCACUCCUUUUGUCAGCUGGCAUCUAUGCUGCUCCUAUCUCAGACGAUGCUGCUGCUGUCUCUCCAGACAGACAAUGUACGAUCUUGAUCAGUUACUCGGCUGAAGCUGGCYAUGUCAGCUGCAUUGGUCCCGGCCUCACACAGCGGUACUAUGCCGAGAUCGACAACGAGUCCGACUUCCCAAUGGACACACUGAUUGCAGCCGACAGCUGUGGGUUGACCGGGAAUCAGUACGCAAGUACCGAAUAUCACGCGGCCAAUAACUCGAUCACUUUUUGUCAAUUCUCGGGGGGAUCUGUCCCACCAGGGGAGCGUGGCGGUCGCCCUGGCACCAAGAACCCCGUUAACAAGAAUGGGGAAGUGAGCUGCAGUUUCCAGCUUACAACUCCGUGCUCUACGGAGAAGGACUUUCUCGACAGCAAGAUGCCGCCGUCUUAA